GACGAAGGAACUCUACUUCUACUGUCAGCGCAGCAAAGGAACCAAGCCAAGGGAGAGCUUUGCUUGCUUUAGCUGCGAUAAAACAACCGACCGCAUACCGAUUCCUUCGGCUUCGCAGAGUGGUUCCGAGUUCGUGGCGUGACUAGCGUUCAUGGAAUCUCUCGUAUUCUAGUGCCAGUGAAACCAAGUUAUCCAAGUUUACCAAGUUCGCCAAGUUUACUAAGUUUAUCAAGUUCACCAAGUUUGCCAAGUCCGGUUCAAAAAUCGAUUGAGAGACUCUCGAGGGAGGAAGACAUUCGGCAGGAUACCGGCAAUUGAAAUGUGUUGAUUGGAUUGACAAUUAGUCGUAAAACUACCCUGAGCACAUUCAAGACCAGAUGAAGAACCGCCGUGAAGAAACCUUGCCGGCGUAGAAGAAAAAAAUGUGUUCGGAAGCUUGGGAAUUGGAAAGGCGGUACUCGGUGCCUGGAGCACUCGACACCCGGGGCUUCGAACCACCUGCGAGUGAAGACUUGCAUGCAUGGUCGAUCUACAGGCAAAAUCUGAACUCAGACUUUACAGACUCAGCUUUAGGCUCAGCUGAAAAGUCCCCCCUUCCAUAUGGAAACUUUCAGCUUCGAGAUUCAACUGUACAAAGUAUCCUGAGGCAUCCACGUUAUGGGCCAAAAAGUCCUUUAGCCAAUAAUUCCUACACCUACUUAAAAUUUGGACUUCCAAGAGUUCUACCACCUUCAAGAAAUCGUGAUGGCUCCAGUGGCUACGAUUCCAGCGAGGAAGGUCGAAGAGUCUCCCAAAGUGGAGGUCAUCAGACAAAUUCAGCGAUGAGAUCGGCUCGAAGUGAUCCAGAUUUCAGGCAUGUUCAUGCAAUGCCUAGAGAACAGCAGGCCCAGUCUCAAUUAAUCGUACGAGAGAGUUCAAGACUAAGAAGUGCCAGCGAAGCUAAUCUACUCCAUCCGACGAGGACAAACAGGAGACAUAGUAUAGCUCCCAUAGAUCCAGGAUAUGGUCCUGGAAUCUUGGGUCCCGAAAGCUACACUGCAACCUUGAGGCCUCUCUCUUCUCUUCAACAUCCUCAUCUUCAACUUCGCGGGAUUGAAGCUUCAGGGUCUGAUGGCUUGCCUCUUCUUCGAGGAAUUUCCCUGGAGGCUGGAGCCACUGAUCUCCUGGCUAUCAUGGCUACUACUGAGAAAGACGGAACGCUGAUUAUGGAAACCAUUUCUGGAAGAAGAAGAAUUAAGAGGGGUGAUAUCUUGCUCAAUGGGAGACCAAUUUCUACAAGGACUCUGAGGUCUCGAGUAGCCUAUUUGCCAGCAGAGAGUGGUCUCAGUUCUGGUCUCACAGCUCAGCAAACCCUAAGUUUCUACAAAACGCUUAGAGGAGGUAAAGGAAUAUCUUCCUCAGAUGCAGAAGCCAUUUUACGAGACUUGGGGUUGGAAGCAACCAAACAUUGUUUAGUCGACUCCCUGACAACUUCCGAAGCCAGGAGGUUGGCCCUAGCUUGUCGAUUACUAGAAAAUUCCCAAAUCCUCACCCUCGACAGACCAACUCACGGACUCGAUAUCUUCGAUGCUUUUUUCCUCAUCGAAUAUUUAAGGCAGUGGGCCAUCCGAGGUCAGAGGCUAGUCGCUCUAACCCUUCAUCCACCAACCUACGAAAUACUCACGAUGGUCUCCAGAGUUACCCUCACAUCUGGAGGAAGGAUAAUGUACUCCGGGGCAAGGAGAGACAUGCUCUCGUAUUUUGCUCUUGCUGAAUUUCCUUGUCCUCCUUUCAAGAACCCUUCGGAUUACUAUUUGGACCUGGUGACCCUGGACGACUUAUCAGCAGAAGCGAUGUUAGAAUCCUCGCAAAGAAUAGACCAUCUAGCAGAAUUGGCGAGAGCAAGAUUACCACCUUUAAGUGAACCAGGACCUCCAGGUGGUUUACCUCCUUCAAAUUACGGUGCGAACGUUUUUGUACAAAUUUAUGCUCUUUUUGCAAGAACCUUGUUCUACAGUCUACCUUGGACUCUUACGAGAUUGCUCCAGAAGAUUGUGAUUUCUGCCUUGCUGAGUAUUAUCCUCGGAGCUGUGUUCUGGGACGUUGCAAAUGACACAAAUUUAUACUUGAGAGAUCGAAUAGGCUUUCAUUAUGCGAGCCUGGGGGUCCUAUUCUGGCCCCUGAGUCUCAUCGCCAUCGGGGAAGUCCAUAGGUCGAGGCCUAACAUUGAGAGGGAUAUAAGAGAUGGUCUCUAUGGAAGAUUUGUCUACAUUUUUGUCGAGCUUCUGUGCAGUAUUCCAUCCUGGUGCAUGGUUUACAUUGCAUAUUUGGCGCCAGCAUUUGCCAUGACAAGUCUAAACGAGACUCUCACAACUCUCUGGAACUACCUCGCCAUAGGACUUCUCUAUUUAAUUUUCCAGCAUCUAAUCUGUCUUUUAUUUGCUCAUAUUUGCAAGUGGACCUUUCUCGCUACCUUGUUCUCUGGAUUAGUGAUCGGAGAAAUAAGUUUAGCUGGUGGAGUGACCCUCCACUUGCAAAAUUUGCCAUCCUGGUACCAAGAAUGCAGUCCUCUUCGAUGGACCCUUUCUCUUUUGCUACCUCAGGCCCACAGGGAGGAUUUGAUGAAAAAGCUAAUAAAAUGCAAAGGGAAAGAAAUUCAGAAACACGACCUACCUAUCAUCGUUCAAGAAACCUGUGAGACUCCAACGAUUCCUCCUGGAACUUUGGCUCUCCAAGAAGUCGCCCUCGAUAAAAUGAGCGAGGGCUCAGAAAUCUGGCUGGGCAUCUCUAUGGCUCUUGUUGUCAUUUUGAUAGUGAUUGUUUUUCUCGUUAUUAGAUACGUGACACCCAAAAGACCUCGAAGUGCUCCCAACAAGCCUUAAUUUUUGAGGAAAGUCAAUUAGAUUAAUUGGUAGCUGAAUCCGAGUGUGGACAAAAAAUACUGAAAUGUUCAAAGUCCUGAUAUUGAACUUUAAACAGGACAUUAAAGUUUAUAACUAAAAACUGUUAGUUUCUCUAUUUAAAAUUAAUUACUUUUGGAAAUUAUGAUAAUCUCUGAUUUUCAAGAUUGCGAGAAGUGUGCAAUUUAAUGAUUAGGUGUCAUUGCAGCAAGUGUUAGUCAUUAUAUCGACUGAGUUGAUUAUAUUUCUCGGUAUUUUUAAUAUGAACUGUUUUUGUAAUUUUACAAUUACGUAGUGGAUAGGAAACGGCCAAAUGUGAUUGUACUAAGUACAAUUACUUUAUCUCGAUCAGAGAAUAUAAAACGAUAAGAGAAAUCUUGAAAGUAGUUAGUUUUGUAUUUUUUAUAUCGAAACUGGAUUCUUUGCAAAGUUUGAAUUGAACGGUUGGUAAAGGUAGUUGCUUCCAAUCAAUUUGCAGACACAUAUUUAAAAUUGUGCCUUAAUAUAAAAUAUAAGGAAUUACGAAAUUAAGUAGAUUAGAGACUUUCAAAAUAAAGUAUCUUCAAGAACUAAUUUUGCUAGUGUCUCUAUUUAAAAAAUUAUAAAGAGGCCAUUUAAAAUCUAGGUCACACUUUAAGCGUUGGGUCUGUAUAUGUCAUCUCACAUGGAAAAUAGAAAUAUGAAUAACAAUUUUUUGAUAGACUUGAAAAAAUGAAAAUAGUUAUCUUAUUGUACUAUAGCGACGCGUCUAAGUACACACUUCGUACUCUUUCCCCUAUGCCCCUCUUUUACCCGUUUCCUCCCAUUUUUUCUCUUAAAUUGCGAACUAUAUUAAUAGACCCCAUUAAGAAAAUCCAACUAUUUUUCACUAAAACUUCAUUCUUGUAAAUUGAAAAAUGUAUCUACUAUUAAAUUUUUG